ACAUCCGAUCAAAUACUGUUACAAGUCGAAAAAUCGUGAUUUUGAGUUAAGUAAACCACUCGAUCCAUAUUAAAAUUCUCUAUCAAAAUCAAAUAUCGUUGUAACUUUAGUUACAAAAAUGUCCGCGUGAGGGCGUUGUGGCGGUUUAUUACUAAGCAAGUUUUCGCAUGACACGUCCUUGAAUAGUGUUACGUGUCACAUUGAAACGAGCGGUAGUGUUUGUCGUCCGCGUAAAAACCGUUGUAACUUGAAAUAAGACACUAAUACAUAAAAGGCUUGAAUAAUGAGGAGAGUCGACAGAAUAUUGGAUUUGGCAAAAGCAUUAAAGGACGAAGAAUCCGAUAAUAUACGAGAGAAAGAGAAUAUUGAGCCUACCGUUUCGCCUUCAAUAAUACAUUCUACUCAUGGCGCUAAUCCUAUACAAGACAAUAUUUCUAAAGAAAAAUCGUCAUCAGAUUCUUCAAAUUCAUCGAGUUCCAGUUCGUCGUCAUCAUCCUCAUCGGAUACAGUAUCUAUCAUAGAAGGCUCCGAAGCCAGCUUUGUAGAAGACUUGCUUAUUUGGGACCAAUAGCUUUAAGUGAAAAUAAAAAGUCUGAUUUAAAAAGUCUGUUAAAGUCUAAUCAUAUACCUAAGUUCUAUGAAGGAUUUUAUAAAAGUCUUUUCCAAGAUAAUGAUUAAGUGUUGUUUACUAAGUAUGUUCUGUAGGCUGUGAUUAUUUUACUAAGAUUACUAGCAAGGGUAUUAUUGAUAAGAGGAUUAUUGAUUAUGUCAUUAAGUACAAAAAUUUUAUUAGUUUCAUAGAAGAGCGAAGUAAUACCUAGUAAUAAGGUAUUUUUUUCGAAGAUUUUUAAAGAUUGUUAAGUUUUUUUUUGUGUUCUCAUAAUUGUAGGUUGUGUUUUUUGUUACUACGAGUAUUAUUACUGUACGGGUAUUGAUUAUAGGGUUGAUUAUGUGCCAUAUUUUAUUAACGUACCAAAUUGUCUCUCAUUAGAUUAAAGUGUAAAGUGUAGUUUACGGAGCUUGAGAUAGAGAAACUAUCUAAAGUAACGAUUUAUUAAUAAUGUAAGUAUAAUAAAUAAUAAUUUUGUUAUAUUCAUUAUUGUUUGCUAAACUAUUUCAUUAAACUGAUUAAAAAAUAUAUAUUGCAACAUUA